AUGGGAGAGCAAUUCCGAUGGAAUCCAUCUGUGGAGCGCAUGGGGCAGAUGCUGUUGCAGGCCGUUUACAUGGAAGAUCAGGUGACCUUGGAGCACUUGAUCAAGCAGAAGGCAAAUCUCGAGGCCAGAGAUGAGACGGGCGCCACGGCGUUGCACAUUGCAACCACGCGAAACAUGCCGAGCACUGUCUCCUGGCUGCUGCGUCACAGGGCCGAUUGUUUUGCCAAAGAUGGCGACGGAUAUCAUGCUUUGACUUGGGCAUGCAUCAAAGGUCACCUGCAAAUUGUCAAGAUAUUGCUUCAGGCUCGGGCCAGCAUUGACGAGGCCGCCAGCUCCAGCGGCAAGACGCCGUUGUCGCUGGCUGCUGAGCGUGGGCAUAUGGAAGUGGUGGAAGAGCUGCUGGCGAAGCAGGCGCGGCUCGACCAGACGAACUCCGACGGAAGCACCCCUCUCCAUGCAGCAGCGCAUCAGUGUGAAGUGGAAGUUGUGGCACAUCUCCUCUCUCGGAAGUCCAUGGUAAACGUGGCUGACAACGAGGGCUGGACUCCACUAAUGUAUGCAGUGAAUGCUCCGUCUCCUGCAACGGACAGUGUGAGGCCAGAGCUCAGCGACCGAAAGGUUCACAUUGAAGGAACGAUUGGCAGGAAGUCCACGUUGGAGUUGCUGCUGCUGCACAAGGCUGAUGCAAAUGCACAGUCACUCGAUGGCUUCAGCCCUUUGAUUAUCGUAUGUGCAUACGAUCGUCCUCAUGCGGUGAAACAGCUGCUGGACGCCAAAGCCCAGGUCAACAUGGCCACGAUGAAAGGCCAAACAUCUAUGCUCAUGGCUGCGGUGAAUGAUCUUCCAGUCGUGGCUAAAGCACUGAUUGUGGGCAAUGCAGACGUGAACCAGGCAAAUGCCAAGGGCGAAAGCCCAUUAUCUGUUUCCGAGAAGAAUGGCUUCAGAGAGGUCGCUGACCUCCUGAAGAGUGCUGGCGCCUUGCCCCCGAAGGGUGGCAAGAAGAAGGGCCGAAAGUAG